ACUGCUAUUCUUAUUUUUCACUUAUAUGAUGGCAAGAAAGAUGAUAGCCAGCCCAGCACCAGGGCUGAGCGAGUUCACGGUGAGAAAUGGCCCAGAUGGCGCUAUAGCACUCGUGUCGCAGACGGGGUAGCUUCAAGCGUCAACCCAAUCUUCUCUUCUGAUCAAACUUGUUCGGCUAUCCUUUGUCAAAAAAAAAAAAAAGUUCGCUUAUCAACACGACGCAGCCGGCACUCGUGUCGCCUGCACCUGCCUUGCCGACGCCAAUCACCAGAUGCCAAGCCGUGCCUCUGAUCACGAGAGUAGAGUCAACACCCCAGCACGACGUGCUCGUGUCGCGCCAUCUCUGGCAGCCGCCCAACGCCGCAGCAUGGAUCUCUGGUCUACUACGCGCCGCAGAUGUUGUCGGACCUCGGACGCGUUGCAUUGAUCCUGGGGAGGCGACGGCGACGGCGGCGUGCGAGUCAAGAGGCCAAUAUCCCGGACCCAUACGCGAUGGAGAUUCGAGAAGAAGCCGCUGUUGGCGGUGACGAUAAGCUCAGAGUAACGACGACUGGCGCGCGGGCCCCGCCCGUCGGGCUUGGACGCCCGCCCGCGAUUGGCGGGCCUCCCUCCCGUUCCAGAAGUACUGGGGGGCGAAGGGCAGCAGCAAGCAGCACGCGCCCCCACGCAUGGCGUGCCACGGCUCGCGGCCGCGCCCCCCACGCGGCGCCCAUGCGCGCGCCCUCCCGUGUGGUCGGCCUCGGGCGCCUCGCGCGCGUCACCGGUGAUUCGGUGACCGGAUAAGCCUAUUCAGCCGUCCCAUCCCUCCGCUCUCCCGCUCCCGGAUCGCCGCGAGCUCCUUUUUUGACUCGCGUCGCAUCUCCUCUACGCCUACUUUGGAUAAGCCCAUUCGGAACUUGGAAGGUUGAGCCUCUGAGGCGCUCGCUCUCCUGCUUUUUAAUUUCGCCGACGGCCGCCUGGCAGAUACGAGGACACGGCUCGGCGGGUUUCCUAGCAGCGUUCAGGGAGCUCCUCCUUCCUUCUGCUCUGGCCACGGGGGCUGGGACGUAGAGUUGUGUCAUAUCAUAAAAGAAUAGUCUGAGGUCUAUUAUGCAGGACAAAAAUGUACCAUCAGGGGUGACACUCUCCUGUAUCAUCUGCUUGGGACAUAGAUGGAUGACUAUUUUUCACGCUUCCUAAACCUUGGUUGGCAGCUAAGACAAUACUUGACAGAAUUAAUAGAAAAUUGGCUUCGGUCCAUUGAUUGGAUUCCUCAACGUCUUGGAGUCCAAUUCUCUGCUAGCCAUGGUGGAUCAUUGACUGGCACCAUAGGAUAUUUUCAUGAAGGGGCAUUUGCAUUAUCUGUUGGUUAUACUACUACAGAAGAGCAGACUACAAAUGGAACAUCUGAAGGCACAAUUUUCAGAAAAGGACUUUCCAGUAUUUAUGAAAGAUCAUAUGUCAGGUCUUCCUAUCUUUUACAUGGCUUCAGGCUGGUACGAAGAUUGGCAUUCAGUGUGCGAGAUCAGUGGAAUCUGUUUUCAAGUGAAGUACAUGGCAAACUAACCAGGAUCUUACAUCGUUUCUGGACAACACUACAGGGAUCUUGUGAAGAUAUAGGAUGGCUGCAAAGAACUCGGGCAUCACUUUGUUCAGUUGAUGGGACAGGUCGCUUCAAGGAGAUUUUGCAUGACAUCAGAAAUGGCAUACACUGCCUGCCUGAUACACUGGUUUACUUAUUUAUUCCUGGCCUUUUUAGCAACCACAGUCCACUUUACUUCACCAAUACGAAACGAUUCUUUUCAAAAAUGGGAUUGGCUUGCCAUAUUGCGAAAAUUCAUAGCGAGGCGUCAGUAGAGAACAAUGCGUGGGAACUGAAACAAUACAUUGAGGAGCUCUACUGGGGAUCUGGUAAGCAGGUUCUGCUCCUUGGCCAUAGCAAAGGUGGAGUUGAUGCAGCUGCAGCUCUUUCGUUGUACUGGUCUGAGCUCAAGGGUAAGGUUGCUGGCCUGGCGUUGGUUCAGAGCCCAUAUGGUGGCACCCCGGUCGCCUCAGAUAUCCUUCGAGAAGGCCAGAUCGCUGAUAAGGAGACAAGGAGGAUCAUGGAGCUCAUCGUAUGCAAACUAAUCAAGGGUGACAUCAGGGCCUUGGAGGACCUCACAUAUGCUAAGAGAAAGGACUUCAUCUCCAAGCACAAACUCCCCAUCGAUGAGCUGCCGAUCAUCUCCUUCCACACUGAAGCCAGCACCGCGCCCACGGUGCUCGCGUCACUGACUCAUGUCGCCCAAGCCGAGCUCCUCCCAUGGCUACCCCUGCCACGGUUCUUCCUAUCUGCAUCUGAGUUUGUCGAGUCAAUGCUCGCUUCUCUGAAGGUCCCCGUGGUUGCGCCUGUGUCUGCAGCCAUGGCGCUCACAGCCCUCCACCUGCGGCUGCGCUAUGGGGAGAGGAGUGACGGGCUGGUGACACGACGCGACGCCGAGGUGCCUGGGUCGGUGGUGGUGAGGCCCGAGAGGAGGCUGGACCACGCGUGGAUGGUUUACUCCACGCUGAAGAUGGGCAGCGCUGAGGCCGAUGCAAGCGAGAUGUGCGAGGCUCUGCUGGCCAUGCUCGUUGAGAUUGGCAGGAAGAAAUUUCGCUGACCUUCUGGUCAUCUGGAGUUCUCGAUGGUUUUGGUUAUAUAUGCACAAAUGUGUCCAACUAGAUGGAACUUACUACGAGUAGCAUAGCACAGUAGCAGUGUAGCACUAUCUGUUGUCGCACACACUACAAAUGAUAGAAAUCACGGAAUAUUACAGUCUUUACAGGGAACAGUGGAAAUUAGAUUUAUUAGCAAUUAUACUGUGGCAAUAUGCAAUUUUGUUUUUGACGAGCCACAUGCUACUCUGGUUAUGUAAUGUUAUUAACACUUCACAUUUUA